AUGGCAUGCGCGGCGUGGUCAUCCUGUGGUGACGUUCCUCAGCUCGAAGCGAGGGGAAAAAGGUCGUUGAUGUGUUGGCAAGGGAAGGGUUGGUGCAAGCUUGGAGAACAUGCUCAAGAGCGCAUGCUGCAUCCAGAUCAAUUUUGCCAUCCACACUGUGAGGAUCCUGACGAACAUACUUCAUUGGUGAAACGAGUGAAGCAGGUUCAGCGCGAGGGGGAGGAAAGCAAGCAGCAAUGGUGGGCAUUUUGCGAGUUGGAAGGAAAAAGCAACCGGCGUGACCCGCAAAGGCACAGCUUGCAGUCUUUGAGACGCUUUUUCCAAAUACGAGAGCAAGGUGGUUUGCCAAGGAGCGUGCAGAAACUGAGGUCAGACGCAGCUGCCCAUCAACUCUGGGUGCAGAAAUUGACAGAGAUCUUGCGGGCGUCGGAAGAAGCCAAGCAAAAUUGGUGGGAUUAUUGUGACAAGUACCAUGGAGGACUUCGCUAUCCGACUUCUGCUUAG